CGGCAUUCUCAGUUCUCACUCCGAGAAAGAGAUAGAGAGAGAGAGAGAGGAGUGUUGUAGUGGAGGAUUAGGUGUGGUGCGGGGGUCGAUCACCAAACCUCCACCCGCCAUGAAAGCUCUCCACCGACCUUCUCUUCUCUAGAACAGACUCCACGCACUUCUCCUCUCAGAGAGAGCGACAGAGAGCUGUUGAGAUCUCCGUAAACGUGGAUCUCAGUACUGCUCUGGAGUCUGGUAGCAUUGCGCUACAAGAGAGCGACUGCAAGGUUCUGAGCUCCCUGAGAAGGACAAUUUCGAAGAAGACUCGAUUCCGGGCUCUCUGUGGGCUUCAAUCUCCGGGAAGUCUUGAUCGUCGGUUUUCCUGUUUCGACGCUGUGUUUAAAAGGCCGAUUUGGAGCUCUCGGAGUAUCAAAAAGCUGGUUCCAAGCACUCCGAAAGCGGCAAUCGUCCUGAGGGCUCGACUUGGAGCUCCCUCGAAACAUUAGUGUCCACGAGCAUCUGAUUGGGUUCUAGCUGUGGGGAACAAGCUUCAGAAAAACUCGAUCCGAGCUCUCGGAUAGCAUCAAUCGUCUAAGACUCGAUUCUUGGUUCGCUGGAAGCUGCAGCAUUUCAGUAAAGAGCUUCAGGUUGAGAAAAUAGUCCAUAUUUCUUUGAAUGCUCAAUUCCGAGCCCGCUGAAGGCGGAGGGAGGAACCUGAGUCCCGCUAGACUUUUCUCAGAGAGAACCGCUCUAGAGUGUCGCUUAAGAAACGCAGGAUGCGCGAGGAAGAGGAAAGGGAAAGGAGUUUUGCAUUUUAGUGUCUGCUGGGAGGGGACGCCAUGCCGCUCGUUCGGUUGGAGGUGAGGAAUGAGUAUGGUUUGGGAGAUCCUGACCUCUACAGGGCGGCCGAGAAGGAUGACCCGAAGGCUCUUCUGGAGGGCGUGGCUGUCGCUGGACUUGUUGGGGUCCUGCGGCAGCUAGGCGAUCUUGCGGAGUUUGCUGCUGAAAUUUUUCAUGAUUUACAUGACCAAGUGAUGGCCACUGCUUCAAGGGGCCAGGACAUGAUGAUGCGUGUAAAGCACUUGGAGGCAGGACUUCCUUCCGUUGAGAAGGCUGCGUUAGCCCAGACUAACCAUAUACAUUUUGCCUACACAGCAGGUUCAGAUUGGCAUACUAGCAUCCGAACAGAACAAAACCAUCUGAGUCGAGGUGACAUGCCUGGAUUUAUUAUGGAUGCUUAUGAAGAAUGUCGCGGUCCACCUCGACUAUUCCUGCUUGACAAGUUUGAUGCUGCAGGAGCAGGUGCCUGUUUAAAGAGAUAUUCAGAUCCAUCAUUCUUUAAGAUGGAAUGGGCUACCUCGGAACUGAUGAAAGCAGAAAAAGUCAAACGUGAAAAGAAGACCACAAAAAGCAAGAGAAAAUCAAGAAGACAGAGGAGUGGGGAAGUUUUGGAUUCUAGCUUGUCUCGAAGUUAUAGCAGGAUGUUUUACACACUGGAUUUUGAUGAGCAAAAUCAUAGUGGUGAAGAUAUGGGAACAUAUGACACAAGGUCUAAGUUCAAAAAGGGAAGCAGAUCCCAAUCAUUUACUUCAGGAACCAAAAUAAGCUACAUGGAACAUUUGAUUGUAAAUCCAACAUCUGGACACAGAAAAAAAGGAGAAAAUGCAUUAACUCCACUUUCAAAUGUUGGAAAUUUUGAAAUUUCUGGUGAUCUACAUUUACCCAAAUCAGAUGUAGAAAACAAAGUUCUUCACGGAUCACAAUAUAGGUUAAGCAACCCUGAGCCACUGCCUGUUACUUGGGAUGAGAAGACAGAAGUUCAGAAACCUGCCACUUAUUCAGGCCUCAAUGGUGUCAAGGAUGAACGUAAAGCUGCUGUAGACAGACAAGCAGGAAUUCCUAACUUUAAUCUAGAGGAGGAUCUACUUGUUAAUGGCAAUGUCGAGCAGUAUGAACUAGUAGUUCAAGAUGAAAAAAAACCAGAGUCAUGUGGUGGUGAAAGCCAGAACACUGAUGUAGCUAGUGAGGGAGAUAACUAUGUUGAUGCACUUAACACCAUAGAAUCAGAAGUUGAGACGGAUUCUGAAGGUAGGAUGAAGCAGGAAGUUCAAUUCCAGAAGUCCUUUCAUGUACUGGAGGUGAAAUCAGGAAUAAAUGAGCAAGAAGUCCCUCCUUGCCAUUUUGAUCAGUCUGAUGUUAAAGAACUCCCACCUUGCACUUCUGACCAUUCUGAUGUUGAAGAGUUCCCUCCUGGCACUUCAGGGCAUUCUGAUGAGGUUGAAGUGCCUCCUUGCAGUUCAGGACAUUCUGAUGUUGAGACUCCCACUGUCCCUCCAAGCUUACCUGACAAAGAAUUACUUGAAGAUCUCUCCGAGGGUGGCCUUCCAGAUAACAAUGUUCCUGGAAUUCCUGUCUUUGAUGUGUUCGAAAAUGAAGACUAUACUGCACCCGAUGUCGAAAUGACAAAGGAGACCAUUUCCAACUCCACUGUGGAUGAGCAUGCAGCUGCUCCUGCUCUUUCUGACAAACAAAUGGAAUCAUCCAAUAUUGCUGUGACUGAUUCAUGCAUUUCCACAGAAUCAACUUUGGUUAAAUUACCUCAGGCAGCUUUCAAUUUCUGGACUAAUGGAGGCCUUUUGGGGCUUCAACCAUCAAAGCCUCCAGAUUUUAGUGCAACUACUAAGGAACCUGAAGCACGUUAUGAAGCUCAUCUAUAUGAAUCUCGUGCAGUUACCCAUUCCGACCUUUCAAAUGAAAACAAUAAAGUACGUCAACCAUCAAAGCCUCCAGAUUUUAGUGCUACUACCAAUGCACCUGAAGCACGUUAUGAAGCUCCUCUAUAUGCAUCUCGUGCAGUUACCUAUUCUGACCUUUCAAAUGACAAUAAAGGGCUUCAACCAUCAAAGCCUCCAGAUUUUGCAACUACUAAGGCACCUGAAGCAAGUUAUGAAGCUCCUCUAUAUGAGUCCGGUGCAGUUACCCAUUCUGACCUUUCAAAUGAGAACAAUGCACAGCCAUCUAAUGGCACUAGAUAUAUCAUGGAAAAACCACAGAAGCCCCAAACAGAAAGAGAACUGAAUGUGUUAUCACAGAAAGCCACUCCUGGAAGUGAGUUGAGCAGGUUACCUGAGCAUAUGAAUCAUGCUGACGUUCCUGGGGUGCAUUUUGAUGAGUUGGUUCAAAAAAAAACUUACACGACUGACUCAGAUUCAGUUAAGUUUGAGAACCAUCACCUGCAGCAACAUGAUGGAUUCUUUGAGAAAACUUCUCGGAGCUUUGCUGCUGCUGAGUCAUCUGUAAAGUUUGAGGAGUAUAACAAUGUGAAAGGGACGAAGCUAGAGAAAGAGAACAUUUUGUGUUCCAGGAACGACCUACCAUUACUUUCUAGCAGAGAGGUCCAAUCAAUUGUAUCCAUAUCUAGUGAUCAUAUAAAUGGCUUCCAGACAGAACCAUUGGUUGAUCAACUUGAACAAUCCGAUAGAUCAAGGGGCAAGACUGGUUCAAAGUUGUCAGACAGAUACACUCCCAUUGACACGACAGCUGAAAUGCCAAAAAAACAGAAGGAUGAAAAAAUUGGUCAGCCCUCUCAUAUGAAAAUCAGUCCCAAACCUGCGUUCAUUGAAGAAACUAGUUAUGAACGAGGAUCUCCAAGGCAUUCAGAUUCCCCCAAUUCUCAUUGGUCCAACUGUUCAUCUCCUCCAUUAGAGCAUAUGAAAAUAUCAUUUCACCCCAUGAAUGACUUGGAGGGCUCCAUGCUGAAACUGGACAAUGAACCCAUCGUUCCACUCAGGGAAAGUGAUCAGAAAGGUACCAUCAGGGAAUUCCGUUUUCUUUCUUUAAUGCGCAAUAACUCCCAGAGCAUGCCUUUAGUUGAAGAGUCAAUAGUGUCAAGGCAGGUGGAUAGUGAAAUUGAUUCGGAUGAUGAUACAUUCUGCAAACCAUCUCUCAAUUUCUCAGAAGACAUGUUUAGUCAAGACUCAGAGUCAAACUCUGAACAUUGGGAACAGAAUGGAGUAACUGGAAGAAAAGAUGACUUAUAUGACGGUUUACGUAGAAUUUCCUCAGCUGCCUCAAUUUCUAGUUUUGCAGGGAUUGAGGAAACAAACGGUAAUCAAGCUGAACCGGAUCCUCAAUAUGAGUCCCACCACAAUGGUUCAAGAUCAAGAAAAAGCUCAGCAGCUAAAUCAGUAGGUCAUGCUACUUCCACCUUUCAGUUUUCUAAGGGUCAAUUGCAAGAGAAAGAAGAUUCAGGACAAAAGGAACCCUUCUUGGUGCCUGUCCCUCCUUUGCAGCAGCCACAAUCCAAGCACAUCAAAUCCCCUGCUUCUUCAGUCAAAGGUCAAGAAACCUGUCAGCUUGUCUGUGUCAGCCAGCCACUUGGAGUCCCAGUUUUAGAAGCUGUUGAUCCUUGUCAAUCCAAGCCCACUUUGUCAGUAGAAUCUGGUGUUUCUCAUGACAAGGGAAUGGUGAAGCAAGCCACAUCAUUAAAUAGAAGCACAAGCAUCCCUCAACCGGAUGAAAGAGAUUCAUUUUUAGAACAAAUUCGAGCCAAGUCAUUCAAUUUGAAGCGAACAAUUGCAACUAGGCCUAACUUUUCUUCUCCAAGACCUACAACCAACGUCAAUGUUGCAGCCAUUUUGGAGAAAGCAAAUGCAAUCCGCCAGGCUUGUGUGGGUAGCGACGAUGGAGCUGAUGACGACUCAAACUGGAGUGACAGCUGAAUCUACUACAAGCAUGGAGACAACGGCAGAGUCUAGUACGAGCAUUGAGAUAAGACAAAGUUAAGAACUUCACAACAUCAAGGACCUUCCCAUGGAUGGUGCUUUUCAGCAAUAACAACUUGGUCGAUGAGGAAUGCCGAUAAUCUGGAAAUCAGCCAAAGCUUUGUUGAAUAUGUGAAUAAGUUCAUUGUAUAAUAUAAGCUUGUUAUGAUC